UCAAAUUCGUCAAAUUCAAAUUCACCUUUAGAUUGAUGACUGUGUGCGUGCGUUUUUAAAAUAAAAUCACUUUUUGCACUACAAAUUCCUAAUUUACAUAGUACACGCACAUAUGUUUUGGGUUUCUUCAAAGAAAGUGAUUUCUAAAAUAUAAUGUCCAAUAUAUCGAAACGAAGAAAGGACGGCUCAAGAGCCAAGAUCAAGACUAUGGGUGAUCACAAGGAGUUUCUAAAGAGAAUCACCAAGACCUUGUAUUACGGAGAGCUUCCCACUCUGCCCUGCCUGAGUCUCCCUGUCACUGAGAUCUCGUGUGCGGCGUGGUCGGAGGCGCAGCGUGGGCGCUCGCUGCGGCGCCUGCACGCGGACGCGGCGGCGCGCGUCGCGCGCUCGGCGUGCGUGUCGCCGUGCGCGCUCGUGCUGGCCAUCCUGUACCUCGAGCGCUUGAAGCGCUGCAACGCCGACUACCUCUGCGCCACCUCCCCUGCUGAUCUCUUUCUUGUUUCUUUGAUGGUAAGUAAUAAGUUCCUGCAGGACGAUGGGGAGGAUGAUGAAGUGAUCUGCUCGGAGUGGGCCGCCUCCGGGGGUCUAGACCUGGCUCAGCUCAAGAAACUAGAAGUGGAAUUCCUUAAUGCUAUAGAUUGGAAUGUAUUUGUGAGUGACAAAUCAUUCGAGGCAGGCCUGCAGUGGCUGGAGCGACAAGUCGCGCUGCGUCAGGCGCAGUCGCGGGGAUUCUUCACGUACACCGACCUCACGGCGACUUGCGACGCGGCGCUAGUCGCCGCUAUAGCUCGAGACGCGAUACUCGGACUGACCGCGAUAGUUGCGCUACUCACGUCAGCCGCGGUGUUGCUGCUAGCUCACAGCGUCGCCAAAGCGACUAUACCUUCUAACAUUUCCACAUCAACCCCCCUCGAAACCCCCCAAAUCCCUUCACCCCUUCCCAAUGCUACUGCGGAAACACAAACCUAUGAUACUCUCUAUGGUUUCAAUGAAGACCCAUUACCGACCGGUUUCGAUUGCUGCAACCAAUGGUCGAAGUACCAGGAGACCACAGAAACGAAGAGGAAUUGGUUUGAUGCCCUCGUUCUUUAUGACUGGAAAUCCUUCGAGCCGUGGUGGUCGAAAACCUCUGUCAUGAACUGGUUGUACCAAAGUUCGUUGAUAACACCGAUGCAAAGAUGGCUAGAAAAGAUUAACUUGUAUGCAGAAUUUUUGUCUAAAGAGGUUCAUAUCAGUAGUUUACCGCAAAGACAGGACGGUUGUGGAAGCGGCGCUAGAUUCAGUGAGAGAAGAUGCGUCCGCCAGUGGCUUAAUCUUAGUAAACUGAGCGUUUUCGUGGCGUCCGUGUCUGAUCGAUAGAACACUUUUCUAUGAAGUCUUUACCAGGAAUUAGCGGAGAUAAACGCAAAAAGAAAAAAAUGCAGUUUCUAAUGGUUGUUGAUAUCUUUAAUAAGCGCUCAAGCGAUAAGCAAUGAUACUUGAAUCGAUUAGUGUCUUUUAAAUAGUGUUACGAGUUACGACCGAAUACUGAAAUACCAAUUUGAUUAAAUUGUGCCAACUUAGUGCUUUAGGUACCAAACCUAGUACAUUUGUGAUAGGUAUUGUCGUACUUAAAAUUCGACUUUGGUGCCUAGUGUGAAGCAAAAAAUUCUACCAAACAUGUUUAUUCCUGUUAAUUUCUAGGAAUGCAUGAGUUUUUUUGCUAAAAUUUUUCGUGACUUAACGCGGCACCUUAUAACAAGCGUAGUUUUAUUUGAUUUUCAACCGAUUUUUUAACAAAUAGACAAUUGCUAAUUUCCAUGAUUCAGUAUGGUUCAAUUCCUCAUAAAAUCAGUAAUUUUAUUUUCAAAUAUUUAGUAUUAGUUAAUUUUAUUUUCAAUCAUUUGAGGUUGGUGGUGCAUUUUUUGGAAAGAAGCAGUUCACAACACUGAUUUAAUUGUUAAAACCAUCUCAUGCAUUGCAUCAAUGUAGAUUUCCAACAAAAUGUGAACAAGCAGACAGUUUUUGUAUUUGGUGGUAAGGCGAUAACAUUUGUGUCCAAUGUCUAUCUAUAGUUGUUGCAAUUAAAAUUGGAUUUGGUGACGUCACCAAUGAAAGAAAAAAAUGUAUAAAUAAUAGUAAUUUUACAAGAACUUUAUAUCAAUUGAACAUUUAGGCGUUUACAAAAAAAUUGCACACUGCUUAGUUAUUAUUUAAUUGUACAUCUAUGGCCGCAAUUACACCUGUAGGUUUACUCACGUAAGUAACUUACAGGACUAACUUCUGACAAAACUGAUGUAUUUAUUUAUCUUAGUUGUCAAUUAAUUACGUAAGCUCCUUACACGAGCAAAACUUAAAGGUGUAUCGCAGUCUACGUGUAUAAGGGUAAGCCCGCACUGCGAAAUUUCACCGCGCGAUAUUUUCCGCAGAAUCCUAUAACAUGAAAAAUUUACGAAACCAUUCGCACGUAUUUUUUCGCGAAUGCGUGCGACUUCUAACAAUUAAAAUUCGCAGUACAGGCUACUAGCUUACCUUUAGUAGUGUGUAAAUUUUUAUUAAGCCUGCAAUCCACUUUCGGAGCAGAGAUGUGUUCGGCAGAUCUGUCAGAUCAUUGAUAGAUGACGAAAACAUUAUCACGUCAUCUAGAAUACUUGUCGUGAAAAGAUUGUCAUGUCAUCUAUUAGUAAUCUGAUUGGUCUGCUGAACACUUCUGCACUCAUCUCUACUUUGGUGUAUGGAAUGUAAGGAGUACAAUCUCCAUGUAUAAAAAGUACCCCUUAAAUGUGCUAAAUAAGGGUGGCGCUACAGUAGCCAGAACAAACUACAUAACUAACAGCUGCAGGUGCUGGGAAAGUAGACCGAUCUCCAGUUGGAUACUAAUAUCUGUAAUUCGAGAGAUCAAAGCGACGGCGAGACUGUACGUACGGUAACAGCUGCAGCUGUUGGAAAAGUAGACCGAUCUCGGGUUGCAUAAAUUGUUGAAGUAUGGUGGAAACUUGACUGUCAGUAACUACUCCAGUCACUAAAAAUAUUUAUUCUAACUACAUACUACAUUAAAUUUUGUAACUCAGCAUAUCACUUUGUUAACAAUUGCUACAUUCAUACCACUACCCCUGCCGACGCUAAUGCCAUUUUAUAGGGGUUUUUAACAAUUUUUUACUGUUUAUAGCUGGACACUUUUUCCCCAUAAGAGAUUGUGCUCCUUACCUAUACACUUCAUACUUUGGUGGUUGGGCCAAAGCUCCUAGCUUGCAGUUGAGGGACUGUUAUCUGCACAGGACAGAGUCUGUAGUCUUUUACAAAGUAAAUUACUCAAUCGCCGUCUUAUUAGGAUAAGAUCUAUAGAGCGCACUUUGAAUUUGCUCAAGACUAAUGAUAGUUAAAAAGAGACAGCGCUAUAUCACUGGCAUAAAUCUAUCUCGUUUUGAAUGAAACUUAAGUCUGGGCAAAGUCAAAGUAUGCUCUACAGAUUUCAGCCUUAGUGCAUGCUGUGCGUUAUAUGAUGCAGUUCUAAUGAAAGCAGUGAACAAUUUAAAUGUCCUCCACAGACAACAAUCCGUCGUCUGCACAGGCCCUCAGGCCUUCAUACUUUAACAUCUUGUCGAAAAAACUAAACUUGUAAUUGUUGUGAAACUCUGUACUAUGUAUAUAUUUUUGUACGUGCGUGAAAUUAUUAAAUAAAAGGGAUUUUCU